GACAGUAGGUAGCUUAAUUACCUACAUAUAGAAAGAAAGAAAUACAGAAAGAUCGAGCGAGAGAGUGGGAGAUCUGAGUUGUGUCUGGUGGAUUUGUGUGGUAUUUGAGAUCAGAGAGAAGAGGGAUGAGAGAAAUCAUAAGCAUACACAUAGGGCAAGCAGGUAUUCAGGUAGGGAAUUCAUGUUGGGAGCUUUAUUGCCUUGAACAUGAAAUUCAGCCCGAUGGUAUGAUGCCCAGUGACACAUCAGUGGGCGUUGCGCACGAUGCUUUUAAUACCUUCUUUAGCGAGACCGGUGCAGGCAAACAUGUGCCCAGAGCUAUAUUUGUUGACCUGGAACCUACCGUUAUCGACGAGGUCCGGACAGGGACUUACCGCCAGCUUUUCCAUCCUGAACAGCUUAUUUCUGGGAAGGAAGAUGCUGCUAACAAUUUUGCAAGAGGGCAUUAUACUGUGGGGAAGGAGAUUGUUGAUCUAUGCCUUGAUCGAGUGAGGAAGUUAGCUGAUAACUGCACUGGUUUGCAAGGGUUUUUGGUUUUUAAUGCCGUUGGUGGUGGCACUGGUUCUGGUUUGGGGUCCUUGUUGUUGGAACGCUUGUCCUUAGAUUAUGGAAAGAAGUCUAAGCUUGGAUUUACCAUCUAUCCUUCUCCUCAGGUCUCAACUGCAGUUGUGGAGCCUUAUAACAGUGUUCUUUCUACACACUCCCUCCUUGAGCAUACAGAUGUGGCUGUGCUUUUGGACAAUGAAGCUAUUUAUGACAUCUGCCGCAGAUCCCUAGAUAUUGAGAGGCCAACUUAUACCAAUUUGAAUCGAUUGAUUUCCCAGAUAAUAUCAUCUUUGACCACUUCCUUAAGGUUUGAUGGGGCCAUUAAUGUGGAUGUUACUGAGUUUCAGACUAACCUUGUGCCAUAUCCCCGUAUACAUUUCAUGCUUUCCUCAUAUGCCCCUGUAAUUUCAGCUGAGAAAGCAUACCAUGAGCAGCUGUCUGUACCUGAGAUUACAAAUGCAGUGUUUGAUCCCUCAAGCAUGAUGGCAAAAUGUGAUCCAAGGCACGGCAAAUAUAUGGCCUGCUGCUUGAUGUACCGUGGUGAUGUUGUCCCAAAGGAUGUUAAUGCUGCCGUUGCCACUAUCAAGACAAAAAGGACUGUGCAGUUUGUUGACUGGUGCCCGACUGGAUUCAAAUGUGGUAUCAAUUACCAGCCUCCAACUGUUGUACCAGGAGGUGAUCUUGCCAAGGUGCAGCGAGCUGUGUGCAUGAUCAGCAACAACACAGCAGUGGCAGAGGUGUUUUCUCGCAUUGAUCACAAAUUCGAUCUUAUGUAUGCCAAGAGGGCAUUUGUUCACUGGUAUGUUGGUGAAGGCAUGGAAGAAGGGGAGUUCUCUGAGGCCCGUGAAGAUUUGGCUGCUCUCGAGAGAGAUUAUGAAGAAGUUGGUGCUGAAGCUGUGGAGGAUGAAGACGAGGGUCAAGAUUAUUGAGGUAGUUGUGUGAGGGAUAUGUUCGGUGAUUGAUUGAUUUGAGCAUUGCUCAUCUCCAUGUCGUUGUCUCUAUCUCCAUCUCUAUCUCUAUCUCUCUGCUGUUCCAUUUCUCAUGUAUUAUCAUUCUCUCUUCAUGUUAUGAAAUUGUUAGAAAGCUGUGUUUGCAUUGUUUCUGAUCAAGUGUUUUGUAUGCUAUGAAAGAAAUUAUUUUCUAGAAUCA